CCCCGCUGCGGGUCCGCCGCUGCCGGUGACCAGCGCUGAAAGGACGGCGGGUGAGGGGACAGCUGGGACAAAAUUCGCCUCUGCUGCUUCUUCAUGCUUUGGAGGCGGCUGAAAGACCGACAUUCAGAAUGGCAGCCUUGUCCACUUUAAUCCUCCUUUUGUGUGCUGCUAAAGAUGUGAUGCCUUCCAGUCCUCACUGGAAGCCAACUUGGCCGUCUUACAGAGUUCCCGUUAUCCUGCCGCAGUCUACCCUGAACUUGGACAAGCCGCAGUUUGAUGCUGAAGCCAGGCUGGAAGUGGUAUCUCCGUGUGGCCCAGCAUGCCACAAGAGUUCUCCGCUGCCAACUUACGAAGAAGUGAAGAACUACCUGUCCUACGAAACCUUGUACGCCAACGGCAGCCUCACCGAAACGGAAGUGGGCAUAUACAUUCUGAGCAACGGCGGCGAUGGGUCUCGGGGCAGGUCUCGAACUAAGAGGCAGAUCUAUGGCUAUGACAGCAGGUUUAGCAUUUUUGGGAAAGACUUCUUGUUGAACUACCCGUUCUCCACAUCGGUGAAGCUCUCUACAGGUUGCACGGGGACGCUGGUGGCUGAGAAGCAUGUUCUUACUGCUGCUCAUUGUAUCCACGACGGAAAGAGUUACGUCAAGGGAGCUCAGAAACUGCGGGUGGGGUUCCUAAAGCCCAAACACAAAGAUGGCAGCAAAGGGUCCAAUAUCACCAACUCGGCAAUGCCUGAGAAAAUGAAAUUCCAGUGGAUCCGAGUGAAACGGACGCAUGUCCCCAAAGGAUGGAUCAAAGGCAAUGCCAAUGACAUUGGCAUGGAUUAUGACUAUGCCCUGCUGGAGCUGAAGAAGCCACACAAAAGAAAGUUUAUGAAGAUAGGUGUGAGCCCACCAGCGAGACACCUACCUGGAGGGAGGAUUCACUUCUCUGGCUACGACAAUGACCGUCCAGGAAACCUGGUUUACCGUUUCUGUGAUGUCAAAGAUGAAACGUACGACCUGCUGUACCAGCAGUGCGACGCCCAGCCGGGUGCGAGUGGAUCUGGGGUAUAUGUGAGGAUGUGGAAGAGGCAGAACCACAAAUGGGAGAGAAAAAUUAUUGGUAUAUUUUCAGGCCAUCAGUGGGUGGACAUGAAUGGCACCCCGCAGGAUUUCAAUGUAGCUGUUCGCAUUACACCCCUCAAAUACGCACAGAUCUGUUACUGGAUCAAAGGCAACUACCUUGACUGCAGGGAAGGAUAAAGACAAUGAAACUCCUUGAAAGCACUUAAUGACUGGUUUUAGUUACUCGUCUGAGGAAAGUCUAGACUUGUGCUGCAAAUGCGUGUGAUCGUGUAACAUCGGGAGGUGAUAUGUAGCUUUUCAAGCCAGCCACCUUGUUCUUAGGACAGGGACUGUGUGGUGCUAUCAUUACAGCCUCAAACUGGGGAGAAAGUCUGCUGGGUGGGGAAGGAGCAGGUGGACUUGCUGAAUUUGCAGCUGAGCAACUGAAGAUUAAUUAGGGGCGGAUCAGUAAACAGUAUGAAAACAGAGCCGUCUCCAAAGAAUCUUGUAAAAGGGACGCUGUUGACUAUCUCAUGCCUACAAUGUUUGUUUUAAUAAAUCCUAGGAUUAGUAGAAAUGCUUUGAUCUGAACUUUUAAAAGAAAAUAUUUCUAUGCUGUUGGGGGCUGAAGAGGGGCAUUUAAGGGUGUUUGCAACCCAAACAUUACAGCUUUGUGUUCCUGCAUGAGAAAAGGGAGUGUGAAAAGGGCAAGGCAUGCGCCGUGGGAGAUGAAUGCCACACAAAUAGCGUGAAGGGUAAAUAACCACAUAACACUUCUAACUUCCUUUCAGCCUGAGUGAUUUGAGACUUUAUUAGUAAGAUAGGUAAGAAAAAUGCUUUUUGAGCAAACAGACCUUGAUGUUGCAAAGAUUUCACUGUGAAGAUGAUGUCGGUCAUAUGAUCAGUGCCGUUACAUCCUGCUUUGGGAAACACGAAUUGCACAUGGCAUUAAAUCUUUAUAGGAGCUGGGACCUAUGAAGGAGCAGGAUCCUUAUGAAUAUACUAGAAAGUGUGGGGAACGGGGCUUUUCUGUUUAUGACCUACUUAGGUCUUUUAAGGAAAAUCUCAUGUCAUAUUUUCAGAGGGGAAGCCUGUCCUCAGUCUUGUUGUCUAUCUAAAUUGCUACCUGCACAGCAGGUAAAGGAGAGAGCAGGAGAAGGGUUCUACCGAGUUUCCUCCCUAUUUGUUGAAGAUCCUUGCUAUUCUACCUAAUAGUAC